UUGAUCCAAAAAAUAUACUCUAUAGUAGUUAGGAACAUUAGCGUAAUCUUUUUAAAGCAGAAUAUUUCAACCCUCACCAUAAUUACACUAACUUUCCAUUCUCCGUUGCCUCCUGUCUUUUAUCUUCUUCGACUUCUUCGUCAUCUUGUUUUUCUUUUCAGACAUAAAUUAGAUAGAUAAACAUGUCUUGUUUGUUCAUCUUCAUAGCUUUGGUUCUGAGUUCUUGUGUCGGAUCGUUGACAGCCCUUGAUCAGACUUGUGGCAACAAAGUCGUGAACACUAUCGUCGUCGACCAAACCGGCCGUUCAGGUAAGUUCCGUACGGUUCAAGCUGCCAUUGAUUCGGUUGGUGAAUGGAAUUCUCUAUGGAUCAAAAUCAAAGUAAAACGAGGUGUUUACGUAGAGAAGGUGAUAAUACCAUACAACAAACCGUGCAUAAUAGUAGAAGGAGAUGGACAAAGAGUCACGACCAUCACGUACAACGGUCACGAAGCAACUGACAUCAGCUCAACUUUCACUUCGUAUCCACCCCAUGUUGUCGUCCGAAACUUAUCAAUCAUGAAUACGUACAAUCGUUUGAAUAGUCUUACUACUACAGCAAAUGGUAUGAGUUGGGAAAUAAAGCCAGCAGUAGCCGUUUCGGUUUAUGGCGAUAAAUCUGCGUUUUACAACUGCGAUUUCUUGGGGUUACAAGACACAGUGUGGGAUAAUCAAGGAAAACAUCAUUUCAAAAAUUGUUACAUCGAAGGUGCUAUGGAUUUCAUUUUUGGAAGUGGCCAAUCUAUUUACGAGGACUGUCAAAUAAACGCAACGGCAGGAGCAUUGGCAUCAGAAGUGGCGGUUGGGUACAUAACGGCACAAGGAAGACAAAGUGAAUUGGACCCAAGUGGGUUCGUGUUCCUACGUGGUAGUGUAUCAGGUAGCACCAGUGUCUAUCUCGGACGAGCCUAUGGUCCAUUCAGCCGAGUCAUUUUCAUCCAAACCGAUCUCUCUUCUGUCGUCCACCCUAAGGGUUGGUUCCCUUGGCACCAAGGUGGCCACAUAUCGAGUUUCACGUAUGCAGAAGUUGAGUGUAAAGGAGCAGGAUCGGAUAUAUCUGGAAGAGUUCCUUGGAUUGACAAACUUCAUUCUUUUGACACUAAACGACGAUUCUCUGUCUCUAAUUUCAUCGACCAAGAUGGAUGGAUUUCCAAUAUUCCUCGUUUUUAAUUGUUUAUGA